UGUACAACACGCUCGCUGGCUCGUGUUCAUUCUCGUGGUCAGCCUGCGCUGCGAGGAGCUGCUUCACUCCACAGCUGGAUUACACUCAGAUAUACUCUCAUCAGCAACAUCCUUCAGGUGCAUCAUCAUCACAGCAGCAAUGGACGCUCUCACAUUCUAAGUUACAGAUUCUCUGUGUGGUGAGCGCCCCCUGCUGAAGGCUGAGGGGCAUGAGCGCGUGCGGGAGGAAGGCCCUGACCCUGCUCAGCAGUGUGUUUGCGGUAUGCAGUCUGGGGCUGCUGGGUAUCGCAGUCAGCACUGACUACUGGCUCUACCUGGAGGAGGGUGUCAUCCUGCCUCUGAACCAGAGCGCUGACAUACGCAUGUCCAUCCACUCCGGCCUCUGGAGAGUCUGUUUUCUGGCAGGUGAGGAGAAAGGCCGUUGCUUCACCAUCGAGUAUGUGAUGCCCAUGAGCAUUCAGCUGACCAGUGAGUCUACUGUCAGUGUCCUGAAGAUGAUUCGUUCGGCCACGCCGUUCCCUCUGGUCAGUUUGUUCUUUAUGUUCAUUGGUUUCGUGCUCAACAAUAUCGGACACAUUCGGCCCCAUCGCACCAUACUGGCGUUUGUCUCUGGAAUCUUCUUCAUCCUGUCAGGUCUGUCUCUGGUGGUUGGUUUGGUGCUCUACAUCUCCAGCAUAAAUGACGAGAUGUUCAGCAGGACCAAGAGUAAUGAGGCGUAUUUCAGCUAUAAGUACGGCUGGUCGUUUGCGUUCGCUGCCAUCUCUUUCCUGCUCACUGAGAGUGCAGGUGUGAUGUCCGUCUACCUGUUCAUGAAGCGUUACACAGCGGAGGAAAUCUACCAGCCUCACCCCAGCUUCUACCGGCCGCGUCUGAGCAACUGCUCCGAUUACUCGGGUCAGUACCUUCACCCCGACGCCUGGACGCGAGGACGCAGCCCGUCAGACAUCUCCAGCGACACCUCGCUCCAGAUGAACGCCAGCUACCCUGCCCUGCUCAAGUGCCCUGACUACGACCAGGUGUCCUCCUCUCCCUGCUGAAGCUCAGUGUCCGUCAGAACUGGGUUUGAAACAUAGAUGUGUGUCUUUGCCUUAAGAAAGGGAACAGACUGACAGAAUGUAUGACUGUAAUUUUCCUGUUCUGUAGUGAGCUAAUGGCUUUGUUCCAGCAGGUGGCAGUAUAGUAUACUUCUUUGGAGUGAUCCACACAACUACUAAGGUGAAUAUUAAUCAUUGAAGUUUAAAGUGCCCCUAUUAUGGAUUUCUGAAAAUUACCUUUCAUGCAGUGUAACACAGCUCUAAGUGAAUGAAAACAUCCUGCAAAGUUUUAAAUCCUAAAGUUCAUUGUGUCUCUCAAAAGAAAGUCAACUGUGAUUCAUUGAAACGAGUCGUUUUUAAACGAGUCCCAAGUUAUUUAAUGUUGACGUCAACAUUAAUCUUUAGCAUACUGCCCGCCAACUUUUUUAUCUUUUCGAGUUGGUCUGAAUGAAAAUCCAAAUUCAUUCUUUGACACCAGAUGCCACUUUUGAAGCAGUAAAAAUAGCGGUUUCCACGAUAACGCAGUACACAAAGCAGCACUGCACUCACAAACGCUGCUUUAUCAAACAUUACCAUAUAAAAACAUGGUGUCCCUGAUGUCACCCAUAGAUUUCCGAAGAGCGUUUUUGAAGCCAAAAGUGGGCGGAGGCGGCCAUUGGUAGCGCGUCACCACGCGACACUCCCGGAUAGUCGAAAAUGGGCAAAAAGGCGGGAGCUGGUUGCUGAAACCAUGCCCACCUAGCUGGACGGUGGUGACAGCAGCAGCAAUCCACUUGUCACUCAAGUGGCCACACCCCCUUAAUUAUGCAGAACUUUUAUAUUUAAAUGGAUGAGUUAUAAAAAAAAUCCCCCCCUCACAGUUGUCAUGAAGGGCAAAAUUAGCUAUAUAGACCAGGUUAGCAAUUUUAAUAAGCUUAAUUAGCUAUAUGAACUAUAUGAUGUUGUUGGUUUUUUUUUUUUUUUUUUUUUUUUUUUGCUGUAAAGCCUUUAGCGAUCAGUUGAGAAACUACAGUUUAAGUCACUUCUGCGUGGGCUUCAGGAGAGAGAGCGGAGGUUGAUUAAAUGAAAAUAAGACCAAUCAACCAAUAACUGCAGAUUGGCGUCAAGCAAGGGAGGGGUUUGUAAAAACCAAUCUUUUAGCGAAUCGUUUGGGAGUCGUUGAGCAAGUAAGGAAAAAUAAAUACAUUUUAUAAAACAAUGCAAGUGUUUUUGACCUUGCAUGCAUGUCUAUCUGUUGUUGGGGACUCCCAAAACCAAAAUAUUAACCUUUCAUUAUCCAUGAUAGGGGCACUUUACUGUACAGCUGGGUGUUGAUCAAUGUAAAUAUGUAUGGUGCUAAUACAAACAUGAAUUGUAGCUAUUAUGAAACACUAGCCUUCAACUACUGUAGAUUGAUCUGCUUUCAAGAAUAGUACAAAAUGAAUGCGUAAUAUACUAUGUAUUUAUGCAAUAUAAAAUCUAUUCAUAUCAAACUGUAUUCUUAUAGAGGUUGUUCUAAAAAAUAUUAGUAAAUAAGUGCAUUUUUAUAUAUAUAUAGCUAUAUCUUUAGGAAUAAAUUAGCGUGUCAACAUAUACAAUGUAGGCCUAUAUAUAAUAGAAAAAAUACAAAUUAACAAUUAUACCACAAAUAUCACAUAAUAUUAUUCCACGUCUGAAAUGAAACACAUCAAUCAAAGUAGAAUAUAACCUGAAAUCAUUUUUAAAUAUUUGUGAUGGAAUUGUAAUAUUAUAGAGUUGUACACAGCUUACAUAAAAUUCAUUUCUUUUCUGCUAUGAAUAUGAAACCAAGCUAAUGAAACUUUUUUUUUUUUUUUUGUGAAUGUUCAACACUUGCUUUGGCUCAUCCAUGUUUGAUAAAACAUGGCAUAACACAGUAUAGUACAGACAUAUAUUACAAAUGUUGCUUUUCUCUCUUUUUUGUAUCUGAAAAUGUAUCUGAAAUGUUGUAUUGUGUCUUUCUGUCAUAGCUAAUGUAUGAUGAUGCUUUCUACAUUAAUAUUUUGUAAGUGUCAGAAAGAUUGCAUUUACAGUGCCAUGUAUAUAAUCUAAACAUAUUGCAAAACUUU